UGGGAAAGUCUUGAAGAAUAACUCAUUGAUCUAUCUCCAACUAGGUAUAGAGUUGGUCGUGUAAACCUUACAUAGAAGUUAUUUGGAGAAAACGUGCGUGUUACUCCUUCAAACGUCAAUUUCUUGUUUUCACUUGGACGAAGAAACAGGGCAGCUGCAAUGUGGAUUCAAGUGCGCACAAUGGAUGGGAAGGAAACCCACCGGGUGGAUUCCCUCUCCAAACUUACUAAGGUGGAUGAGCUGCGUCUCAAAAUCACAGAGCUCUUUAAGGUGGAGCCAGAGAGACAAAGGCUGUUUUACCGUGGCAAGCAGAUGGAGGACGGCCAUACCAUAUUUGACUACAACGUGGGCCUAAACGACAUAGUGCAGCUCCUUGUCAGGCAGAAGAUGGCCCCCGCGGAUGUCGUCAAAAGCAAGGACAAAGAAGCUGAGCUCUCGGACUCUGAUUCUGGUUGUGGCUCAACCCAGAGUGAGUCUGACAAAAGCUCAACUCACGGCGAGGUGGAGGGGCAGACUGCUGGGACGUCUGCCCAGACAAACACCCUGGAGCUCGCCGAUCCAGGGUUCGGGUUUUACAAGAUCAAUGAGCUGGUGGAUGCAAGGGACUUGAACAUGGGGGCGUGGUUUGAGGCCCAGAUUGUGACUGUUACUAAGACAACAAAGACACCUAAAGAGGAGGCUGCUGAGGCACAGCAGGAGGAGAUACUGUACCAUGUUAAAUAUGAAGACUACCCAGAGAAUGGGGUGAUUCAGUUGUUGGCAAAGGAUGUUCGUCCGCGGGCCCGUACAGUGUACCAGUGGCACCAGCUGGAGCCAGGAAUGAUUGUUAUGGUCAACUACAACCCCGACGACCCCAAGGAGCGUGGCUACUGGUACGAUGCAGAGAUCCAGAGAAAGAGGGAGACGCGCACUGUGCGAGAGAUCUACGCAAAGAUCAUCCUAGGUGAUGCUGGUGACUCUCUUAAUGACUGCCGGAUCAUGUUCCUGACCGAAAUCUACAAAAUCGAGCAGCCUGGUUCUCUGGGUGACGCCCCAGCUGGAUCUGAGAGUCCACUAAAAAGAUCAAAUGGACCCGAGUGCAAGCACUGUAAAGAUGAUCCCAAAAAAAACUGUCAGUGGUGUAACUGCCAUGUAUGUGGCAUCAAGCAGGAUCCUGACAAACAGUUGCUGUGUGAUGAAUGCGACAUGGCCUUUCACACUUACUGCCUGAACCCUCCGCUCACCUCUAUCCCAGAAGAUGAGGACUGGUAUUGCCCAGGUUGCCGUAAUGACGCCAGUGAGGUUGUGUUGGCCGGAGAGAAGCUAAAGGAGAGCAAGAAGAAAUCUAAGAUGGCUUCAGCCAGCUCCUCCAGCCAGAGGGACUGGGGCAAGGGUAUGGCCUGUGUUGGUCGAACCAAGCAGUGCACCAUCGUCCCGUCCAACCACUACGGUCCAAUUCCAGGCAUCCCCGUCGGCUCCCUGUGGAAGUUCCGAGUGCAGGUCAGUGAAUCUGGAGUCCACAGGCCACAUGUAGCUGGUAUUCACGGCAGGAGCAAUGACGGUGCCUACUCUCUGGUUCUGGCAGGAGGCUAUGAGGAUGAUGUGGAUGAUGGUAAUGAGUUCACUUACACUGGCUCUGGAGGGCGAGAUCUUUCUGGAAACAAGAGGACUGCUGAGCAAUCAUGUGAUCAGACACUUACCCACAUGAACCGGGCUCUGGCUCUCAACUGCAACAUCCCUGUCAACGACAAAAACGGAGCUGAGGCCAAGAACUGGAAGGAAGGCAAACCAGUUAGAGUUGUGCGCAGCUGCAAGGGUCGUAAGCACAGUAAAUUCAGCCCUGAGGAAGGAAACAGAUAUGAUGGCAUAUAUAAGGUGGUGAAGUACUGGCCAGCCAAGGGCAAGUCAGGCUUCUUGGUUUGGCGGUAUCUGCUGAAGCGUGAUGAUGAUGAGCCAGCCCCAUGGACCAGAGAUGGCAAAGACCGCAUCAAGAAGCUCGGUCUUACCAUGCAGUACCCUGCUGGUUAUCAGAAAGAAAAAGAGAACAAAAAUGAAGUGGAGGAAGAGGUGUCGACACCCAGCAAGGCAAAGAGGAAGAGAAAAUCUCAGGGCAGUGAUUCUUCCAAGACCUCACCAACCAAGAGUCCUAAGAAAAUAAAGGUAGAAGUGUACAAGCUUACCAAGGAGCAGAAAUCCCUCAUCAAGAAUGACAAGCCAAACCAGAAGCUGUGGGAUGAAGCCAUGGAGUCACUAUCACUUGGGCCGAAAUUCUUGAACAAAGUUGAGGAAGUUUUCCUCUGUAUUUGCUGCCAAGAAGUGGUCUAUCAGCCCAUCACCACAGAGUGCCAACACAAUGUCUGUAGGGAAUGCCUUCAGCGGUCCUUCAAAGCGGACGUGUACACCUGCCCGGCCUGCAGGCACGACCUGGGCAAAAACUACUCCAUGACAGUCAACAAAUCCCUGCAAGACAUUCUAAAUCAGUUUUUCCCGGGGUACAGCAAUGGGCGAUGAUCAUUGGUUCUGCCUACUGAACCCAUGAGGAAAUGCCAUGUAAACUGUAAGGGGAAUUUUCAGUAGAGGCAAUAAAGAAUCACUUUCUCUUAAUAUAUUUUUUAUGAUUUAUAAAACUGCAAUUUUUGUGGACUUCAAUGCUACAAUUUUUCACCCUGAUCUGCCAUGAUGUGUAGUUAAUGAUAAAUUGAAAAUUCCUUUGUAACUGUACCAUUUUGCCGUUAAUAUCUUCAGCUGUGAUUUUACACUCAGCGUUUCGUUUGUUCCAUUAACUAAUGCUAAUGUUAUCCACAAUGUAAAAUGUUUAACUUUGAACUAAAUCCCUCCAUCUUUAGCACUCUUUAAGAGAACGUUAAGUCAAAAGUGUUUUAGCCUUUAUGCCCAAGUGUUUGUGUUUUUUUUUUUUUUUUUUUUUUUUUUUACAAGACUAUGAGAAUCUCAAUCUUUUCUGGUCUGCCGUUAGUUUGGCUGUGUUUGGUCUUCAUUUUGGUGCAAUUUUUAAAAAGGAUCUGAUCAUGCAGUCGGGAUAUUAAUUGGUCUAUAUUCACAUCUCACCUGGAAUGCUCUUAUGCGUCUCCUGUAGCUCUGUUUUUCACUGUACUGUAUUGUUUUUAAUCUCCCACUCCCAUGUUUGUCUUAGUGUUGACGAAUACAAUGCAGCUUGACUUCCUAUUCUGAAAUUUAUUGACAAACUAGACAAAACAGGCUAUCAGUAUAUUGUCUUGACAGACUUACAAAUGUGACACGUCCUGUUUGUCCUGGCAUGAUCAGAUUAUUAAAAUUGCACUUACAUGACAAAUGAACAAAGGGGGGGGGGGGGGGAGUGUCUUGUUGGGGAGCGAUGUCAUCAAAUGUGGCUGGAUUUAACUUGUGUAUUUGGUUCCUUUUUUUUAAAAAACAAUUUUCACAGUAAUUUUAUAUUUGUAAACGAAGUUUGUAAAGGUUGGUUUAAAAAGUUAAUAUGAAUUUGAGAAAACCUUGAAAGCAAAAGGAGAGAGAUUCUUAUAUUCUGUUCUGUUAUAUUCUGCAGUGUAGAUUUGGAUUCCUCCUGUUUUGAAAAGGUCCAAAGAAAUGCAAGUGCUUAACCAAGAGUGUAAUGUAGAACUCAUCUAUUUAGCCCUUUAGACAUUGUCCCUGGCACAAAAACCUAAUUGAGUCUAGAAAAUUUAUUUGUAUUUUUUGCUAAAAUCUUAAUUUUUUAAAAAUCUAUUACUGCCAUCUAUGGUGAGGCUGUUCAGUCAGAUUUGUGUCUCCUGUGGUCAAUUGUAAUUACCUGACCUCCAUUUUAAAAACAGAAAAUGCUUGCAUCAAGUUGAAACAUUAAGGAAUUUCCACACACUGCUCCUGAAAUCAAAUAUUGAAUCAAUUAAGUUAUCUGAAUUUUGUUAUUUACUACUUUUGCCGUUACUCACUUUUGACAUGACUAUUUGGUGUUGAAUUUCAACAGCAGUGUGUGUGACAAUAUCCACCCACAUGCCAGCACUUUUGAGUUUUGAUGGAGAAACAAAGAUUUGCAUAGACUGGGAGAUGUAUAUUUUCUGAAAUUGUAUAAUUUUUUUUUUAGUCAAUUUUAGUUUUGAUAUGUAGUUUUAGAAUUUCUUGCACACGUUUGGUGCAAAAAUGUGUCAAUACAGUUUCCGUGUUGUUCAAUAAAAGUCAAAAUGUGGAA